GCUGAAGGCCCGAGAACCCGAGUACAAUUCAAAAUUUAACUACUCAUAAAACCCCCCGCCUGUCUCCACAUUCAAAUUAAAACGGUAAAGAUAAAAAAGUUCACCAUUUUCUCAGUUUCAGACAAAUCCAUCGGAAUCUGGCUGGAAAAUGGAACAGAAGAAAGCGUCACAAACUUCAUGCAUCCCAUCACCCUUCCAGGACUUUCCAUUUAAAGAAAUCUCCAAUUUCAAAACUCCAAAGCCUUCACGAUAUGCAGCAAAGUUUAGUUCUCCUUCUCCUACACCGAUUCACUGCCAGGCGGAGUUUUUCACCGCCUCGAAAACCACGCCGGUAUCUUCCGUCCGCCGUCGUGGAAGCAUGAAGCCGUCGGCGGUGAAGUCGAGUGCUACUGCUCGAAGAUUAAAGGCGUUCGAGCUCGAGCAAGCGAAAUCAGCACGAAAGGCGUUGAUUAGCAAAGAGAAAUCGUUGAAAUCACUCGCGAAGUCGCUUACCGUGUGGCUGAAUUUCUUGUUUGAAAACCCUAGCUCUUGUGGUUGCGAUGUCUCGAGUUUCACCGGAGGAUUUGAGACGUCCAAUCGGCUGCCGUGUGUUGCAGGAAAUGGGAAGAGGAGGGAAAGUGGGGCAGGGCACAACACUGUUGGAGUUGAUGUGCUGUGGCGAGGGCCCAAGAGGCAGAGGCAUUUAUCCUCAAAUUUUGAAGAUGGAGAGACAACAGCAUUUUCAGAUUCCAUGUUUUCGGGACUUAAAGCUUCGUUGACUGACAUUUGCAGCUUUGAUGAUUUAAAGGAGAGGAUGAGUGGUUACCUCAGCUUGGGAAGCUGUAAAGAGGUUUUUGUUACAAUGACUCAAGUAACAAAGACCAUUGAUGAAGGACGCCUGAAAAUGAGAGCUCAUUGUCCCAUGGUAACUGAUGUUGGAAUGAAGGAGAAAGCCUUGAGAACUCUUAUGUGUUAUAACCCCGUUUGGCUUCGGAUUGGAUUGUACAUACUCUUGGGGGGUGACACCUUGUUACCAAAUGGAGAUGUCAAUUCCGACCAAGAAAUUGCCUUCUUGAAGAUGGUGCUUGAUAAGCAAUUUUUCUCACAUGUUGGUCUAGCAAAGACCUAUGCUUAUAACAAGUUAGUGGAGGGUUUAUAUAGACCUGGUUACUAUGAAAAGUUAGGCAAUAUUGUCUUGAAGAGAUUUUUGUUGCUUGUUCUCAUACUAGAUAGAGUCAAAACUCAGAGUAGUCUGCCACUUAAAUAUGGUAUUGACGCACAAGAUGGAGGAUCUCCUCUAUUGUUCUCUUUGCAAUCAGAUGCUAAAUCUAGCCGUCAACUGAUCAACAAGUUCUUAUCAUCUGAUGUGAUGCAUGGUGAAGGCAAUCUACUUGCGCAUCUUGUCAUCGUAGGCUAUAAAGUGACAUAUCAACAGAAUCCUUUGCUUGAGUAUCACUUUGGUGUGGCUGAUUUAUUUAAGGACCUUCAGGAUGGCAUUAGACUUUGCAGAGCCAUUCAACUCUUGCAACAUGAUCCUUCUAUCCUCUCGAAAAUGGUAGUUCCCUCAGAUACUCGCAAGAAGAGUCUGGUGAACUGUGGCACAGUUCUACAAUUUCUCAGGGAGGCAGGUGUCCCAUUGUGUGAUCAAGAUGGAACAAUCAUUAUGGCAGAAGACAUCGUUGAUGGAGACAAGGAGCUCACCAUUUCAUUGCUCUGGAACAUCUUUGUGCACUUGCAGUUGCCACUUCUAAUCAACAAAGAACUUUUCUCAGAGGAGAUUUCUAAAAUCCGAGGAGUUGUUGAGCAAAACUCAAGCAGCUGCAAUCACUUGGACAUGCUCCUGAAUUGGAUCCGGGCAAUUUGUGAAAGUUAUGACCUUAAGGUCGAAAAUUUUUCAUCGUUUGUUGAUGGAAAAGCUAUGUGGUGCUUGCUUGAUUAUUAUUUCCGCAAGGACAAUCGCUGUUCCUGCUCUUAUCAGGCACUCAGUGAAGCAAAAGAAGAAGUUUCCAUAGUAUCUGUAGUUGAUUACACAGAUGCAGUGCACAAUUUUAUUCUAUCUCAAAAGCUGCCAUUGCUAUUGGGGAGGUUUCCAGAGGUACUACAAGUCAGUGAUAUACUGGAAACAAACGGUGCAUGCAAUGGUCAGAGUGUCAUUAUUCUCUUGGUGUUUCUCUCAUUUCAACUACUAGUUAGAAGAAACAAGGAUCAAUUGAAUUUCCACAAGUUAUUGGGAUUUAAUUGUCAAAGUCCUGAAAGGAGACGGCUAAGCACGGACCAGUGGUUUAUGCAUCCUGAAGCAGCUGUAGACCCAGAACAAAAUGAUGACAAAGAUGUUGCCAGAAAUUUUAAGGCUGUAAUGUCUUGGUGGCAAGAGAUGGCUCAACAAAAUAACAAAUGCACUUCUAAGGAAACUUCUAGCAGUCUAGUAAAGUGGUCUUUUACUAGUAAAAGAACCAAUGAUACUCAAAAAGAAAAUGCAGCAAAAGUAAUACAGUCUCAUUUCAGACAGUCAGUGCAGCGUCGCAAAUAUUUGAGGAUUAGGAAUGCAGUCUGUAUCUUGCAAGCUGCAGUACAAGCAUGGCUGAGGGUAAAGAAGGAACAAUCAAUUCAGUUUUUUGGUUCACAGACAUAUCUGGCAUCACUAUGUGGUGCAAGGAAUUGUUCAGAAAAUUUGGAAAAACACGCUGCCUUUGUGGUCGAUAGACAUGCCUUUCUUAAGUUGAGGAGAUCUGUAAGAAUCAUCCAGCGUGCCACAAGAGACUGGAUUUCCCGGAGACAUGUGACUGGAGAUGCAUCACCGCAAGAUUUGUCCGCUCAAACUCUCAUUGAUGCUGCCAUUGUCAUACAAAAGUGUAUUCGUGGGUGGAUAGUAAGGUCUUCUCUUGUAAGCACGGACCAAUCUCCUACAGUUCCUAAGGAAUGUGAAGAGAAUAUAAAUGCAGCGGUAGCAAUCCAACAUGCUUCAAAGGAAUAUACAUUAAGCAGCCCUCUACACAGUCAACACUUUGCAGCAACUAAAAUUCAAAGUUACUAUCAUGGAUGGUUGAUGAGGAAAAAAUUUGUGGAUCAGAAGCAAGCAGCAAUAAAAAUACAGAGCAUUUUUCAAUCUGCAAGAUGUUUGAGGGAUUUUCAUUGCUAUAAACAGGAAGCUCUUUCAGCAAUUGCAAUCCAGGCUUAUGUCCGCAAACGGAUUGCUCAAAGAGAAGUUUAUAGGCGUAAAUCUCAAAUUAUUAUGAUUCAGAGCCAUUGUCGUGGCUGGUUAACAAGGAAAAGGCUGCUCAUUGAAAAAGAGGCUGUUAUAAAGAUUCAAACUGCAAUUCGGAGCAUGAAAUACCGGAAAGCAUUCCUUCGCCAAAGGCACGCUACUCUGGAGAUACAACGGUUUGCAAGAGGAGCCAUUACUAGAAAGAGUCUCCUAGGGGCCUCUUGCUACAGUAAUAUCUCAAAAUUGGGUGACCAAACUCUUGCACUUAAAAUACUAUUGCAAGCAGUAUUAAAGUUGCAAAGGUGGUGGAGAGGUAAACUUCUUCAUGAACAGAGAACAAAAGCAGCACUUGUCAUCCAAUCGCAUGUCCGAGGAUGGACAGCCCGGCAAAGUGCUUCAAGAAACAAGCACCAAAUUAUUGUGAUCCAAAGCCAUUGUCGUGGCUGGUUAACAAGGAAAAGGCUGCUCAUUGAAAAAGAGGCUGUUAUAAAGAUUCAAACUGCAAUUCGGAGCAUGAAAUACCGGAAGGCAUUCCUUCGCCAAAGGCAUGCUACUUUGGAAAUACAACGGUUUGCAAGAGGAGCCAUUACUAGAAUGAGUCUCCUAGGGGCCUCUUGCUACAGUAAUAUCUCAAAAUUGGGUUACCAAACUCUUGCACUUAAAAUACAAUUGCAAGCAGUAUUAAAGUUGCAAAGGUGGUGGAGAGGUAAACUUCUUCAUGAACAGAGAACAAAAGCAGCACUUGUCAUCCAAUCGCAUGUCCGAGGAUGGACAGCCCGGCAAAGUGCUUCAAGAAACAAGCACCGAAUUAUUGUGAUCCAAGCAUACAUGAAAGGUUACCUUGCGAGAAAAGAUUUAAGAGGGCAGCUUCUUGAUUUGCGUCUGAGAGUACAAAAAUCUGCUGCGAAUGUUAAUGAUGGUAUGCGCAUAAUAAACAGGCUUGUUGCAGCACUGUCAGAACUUCUGAAUAUGAGAAGUGUCAGCGACAUUCUUCGUAUCUGUGCAACUCUGAAUAUGGCAACACAACAUUCACAAAAAUGUUGUGAAGAACUUGUUGCUGCGGGUGCUGUUGGUACAUUGUUAAAGCUGAUCAGCUCUCUCAGCCGGAGCCUACCUGAUCAAGAAGUUACAAAACAUGCACUCUCCACUCUCAGAAACCUUUCCCGAUAUCCACACUUGAUUAAUGUACUAAUUGAUAGCUGUGGAUCAGUGGAAACAAUCUUGCGGGAGUUUUUAAGAAACAAAGAAGAGGGAUAUUUCAUUGCGUCAGACCUUUUGAAGAAGAUAUUCACAGAGAAAACAGGUGUUGAAGCUGUGCACAAGUUGCCUGCUCUUUUGAGGAGACUACGCGAUCAUGUAGAAGAGCUUUCACGGAAAGCAAAACCUGACAAGUGGUCCAGGACUCCACAGCCACAUGCAAGGAAAGAGCUGGACAAAAGAUUGAGAGAAGCUGUUGAGAUAUUGGAAUUGAUUAAAGUGUCCCUCGGAAAUCCAACUAGACGACUCUCUUACAAGGGGCAACUGCAAGUCGCAGUUCACUUAACUAAAGUUGGUUAAAGUAGACGCAAAGUAAAGGAGGGGACUGGAGGGCCCACCCUGUGACCUUUAUCUUUUUCCAAGUGCAUCAAAGGAGAUUCAGAUUCCAUGGGCCAAAAUUAUCCACCAGCAAAGCCUACUGUCAAAUUCUUCCCUCUUUUUUCACUAUUCCUUCUCCUUUAGAUUCAAGAUCAACGGAGAACUUGAUUAUACUGGAUGUUUCAAGUUCGACCUCUUAGUGAACCUACUUGGUAGAAAUGUUAGAAUUUAGACCAAACUAACUAUGUCUAACAAUAUUAUCCCCUUUCCUGCUCCCUUGGUAAAGAUGAAGAUAUUUUGCA